GUGAUAGUAUCACACACAACCAUUAUACAAGUCGACGUGCUUAAGUGCUCAAGUGCGUCCUACAACAAUAAUAUUUAUUAAUUUUUAAUUACCUUUUUAACUAUUACUAUUUAUUUACUAAUCACGACACUCACGUCAUUUGAAUUCUUUUGUUGAUUCCAAUUUCCAAUUUCCUCUGCUAUUGUAUCAUCGUUAAGUAAAUUAAACGUGUGCUCUGUUUGAGAUUGUAAUACAAUUCAUUGAAUUCUAUGUGAUUAUAAGUUAAUAUAACUGGUUUUUGAUUUGAUUGGUUUGCAUCUAAUAACACAUUUGGUUAAUUCAAAUCAAUCAAAAACAAGUGUUCUUAUGCACAUUUUAAAUCUGCUGUUACUAAAUAAGCAAUCAAUAAACUAGUAGGAUUGCAUCACUUAAAUUACAUAUAUUAUCAAGAAAAAACCUCAUCAUUUUAUUAAAAUGUCUCUUUAUACAGAUAUGUCUGCAGCAUUAUCUAUUUUGACUGAAAUAAAAUCUCUGGUCAAUGAAUCAGGUGAUGAUAAAUUAAAAGCAAAUACCAAUAAUGAUCUUCAACUCCUGAUCUCAGUUUUUCAAAACCCAAUUAUAAAAACUAUUGCAUCUGUUCAGGAUUCUGUAUCUGAAUUGAGUUGUCAACUUCAAGAACAUCCGUCAUUAUUACCAGUUGAUUUUGAUAUAUCACCUGUUACUGGUCAAUUAGUAUUGAGUUUGCCAUCUGAGUCUACUCUUUAUAAUAGUGUACCAGAAGAUUUGGAUCAAAGAGUUCCUAAACUUUCAAAUAGUUCAUCUACAGAAAGUUCUUCUCCUUCAUCAAAGGAAAGUAAAUCCUUAAUAAAAGAUAUAUCAACUACUUUACCACCAAUAACAACACCAUCUUAUGCAGUUGAAUUUCAAAAAGCAGUAGAAGAAGCAUCUAGAGGACGUAAAAUACAUAACGUUCAACUCUUCAAGCCAGAAGGUUGCAGUUUGGGUUUUAGUGUAGUUGGCUUAAGAAGUGAAGAAAAGGGAGAACUCGGAAUAUUUGUCCAAGAAAUUCAACAAAAUGGAAUUGCUGCACGCUCAUGCAUUUCACCUCUGCUGGGGACAUCUAACCCACCCAUAAGAGAAGGAGGGCUUCAUGAAGGUGACCAGAUUAUUGCUAUUGAUGGGCAACCAUUGGACACAAAUGUGUCUCACCAGCAAGCUAUUGGAAUACUGCAACAGGCUCGUGGGCUUGUUCAGUUGGUCGUAGCGCGCCCUCUUACACCACCUCCUUUACCAACAUCACAACCUUCUAGUAACAUGUUGAACACAGAAUGGGCUCAAGUUGAAGUAAUUGAGCUGCUCAAUGAUGGAUCUGGAUUGGGAUUUGGUAUUAUAGGUGGUCGUAGCACCGGUGUUGUUGUUAAGACAAUACUUCCAGGAGGAGUGGCUGAUAGAGAUGGGCGAUUACAAAGUGGUGAUCAUAUACUACAAAUAGGCGAAGUAAAUUUAAGAGGAAUGGGAAGUGAACAGGUUGCAGCUGUGCUUCGACAAUCUGGGAGUCAAGUUAGAUUGGUUGUAGCUCGUCCAAUAGAAUCUAGCGCAAUUGAUAUAAUUCAAAAUUUAAGUUGUAGAGCUCCAAUUGUACCAACAAAGAUGUUAGGAGAUGCAGAUGAGCUUGAUCGUCAUUUAGUUCAGCAUGGGUAUCCAGAAGUUGCAACAUAUACUCCUGAUUAUUUUUUCCAAAAUAUUACAAAUGAAAACAAUUUGAUAAUCAGUGAAAAUAUUAUACCUGCCUCAUUGCCUGUUCUUACAAUGGAUAUGGUGCCACCUGAUAGUAUUACAACUCUCCCAGAAACUGAUUCAUUUAGUGUGCAAUUAAAAAAAGAUACUCAUGGUUUAGGAAUAACUAUAGCAGGAUAUGUUUGUGAAAAAGAAGAAUUAUCUGGUAUAUUUGUGAAAAGCAUCAGUGAAGGUAGUGCAGCUGACCUAUGCAAAAAAAUUCAGGUGAAUGACCGUAUCGUUGAAGUUGAUGGAACUUCAUUGCAAGGAUUUACCAAUCAUGAGGCAGUUGAAGUUUUGAGAUCUACGGGUCAAAUGGUAACAUUGCGUUUAGAACGUUACCUACGGGGGCCUAAAUUUGAACAGCUACAAGUAGCCAUAGCAGCUUCAGAAAUGAAGCCAAACACAAAUAGUGCAACUGCGUCACCAUCUAUAAUGUCUUUGCCUAGAUUUCCAAUAACUGAUGGAGAAAGUACUGCAGAAAUUGAAGUAGAAGGUGAAUCAGGAGCAACAGUAGAGGCUGAUAUGCUUGGUGAAGUAGAAGAUGAAAUGGUUGAAGAAACUGAUUCUGUGGGAAAUUCUUCACUUGAUGGAGAGCUUAAACCAGAAACAUUGAAAAAGAUCAGAAACAAAUGGAUCGAUGUUGUUGGAAAUGAUGUAGAAAUUGUUGUAGGUCAGUUGAAAAAAUUUAGUGAAGGUGGUGGUCUAGGUAUAAGUUUGGAAGGUACUGUAGAUGUAGAAAAUGGCAUGGAAGUGAGGCCACAUCACUACAUACGAUCAGUUUUACCUGAAGGACCAGUGGGAAAAAAUGCAAGUCUUCAAUCUGGUGAUGAGUUGCUUGAAGUAAAUGGACACCGAUUAUUGGGUAGAAACCAUAUGGAAGUGGUAGCAAUAUUGAAAGAGUUACCUAUUAAUGUCAGAAUGAUUUGUGCUAGACGCACCGAUGAACAACAAUUGCCACACCAUUACCUUACCGACAUUACAGAAGAUCGAGCUGCUUUUGCUGCUAAAAAUGCAUUAGGCGGUAGUCUUCAAAAUUUAAUGCCUGCUACUGAUCGUUUGGUGAAAGCAAAAUCAGAUGGAUCAUUGGCUAGUACUGGAACAGCAGGGUGUUCAGAAUCUAGUAGAUUACGUUCUCGAUCUCUUGAACCUCUUACUGGAUUAGCUAUGUGGUCUUCACAGCCCCAACUUAUCGAGCUUAUGAAAGGAGAACGUGGCCUUGGAUUUUCAAUUUUAGAUUAUCAAGAUCCCAUGAACCCAAGUGAAACAGUGAUUGUGAUUCGUUCAUUAGUACCUGGUGGAGUAGCUCAAAAUGAUGGUCGCUUGAUACCCGGAGAUCGUUUACUUCGAGUAAAUGAUAUUUGUUUGGAGAAUGCGUCAUUAGAUCAAGCUGUGCAAGCUUUGAAGGGUGCUCCCAAAGGAGUAGUCCAUAUUGCUGUUGCCAAGCCACUGCCCAUACCAGAUAGUAGCAGUCAGGAUGAUAGCUCAGAAGAAAAAAAAUUGAGCAUCAAUGAUGAAGAUGAUGAUGAAGAGUGCUAUUCAAUGUACAGUUGCCCUGAAUCACCUAUCAUUUUUGAUGAUGUAAAGAAAACCGAUGAGACUUUUAAACAAAUAUGUUCAAUGGAUGAGACAGAUAAUGUACAAGAUGUGCAAGAGAUCACACUUACUAAAGGCUCAUCACCAUUGGGCAUAUAUCUGCGUAGACGUUCAUUUAGCAAUCAUAUGGGUUUGGAAAUUGAAAACUUAUUUGGUGCUGCUGAACAAGAUCGCAGGCUAAAAAUUGGCGAUGUAGUAAUUUCUGUUAAUAAUGAAUCAUUGAAGUAUGUGUCACCAGCCCAAGUGAAGUCGAUUUUAUCUAGAGCUAAUCUACUAACAGGCCAUAUACCUGUACGUUUUGUACGUGCAGAGGCGGUUAAGAAUACCUGUGUAAUCCGAAGUAAAACUGUACCUAAUAUUACUCUACGUACUCCAAGGAUAUUACCUGUCUAUUACAAAUCGCCUUUUGUUGAGCUACGUGAAACUGAAGAUCGUUUAAUUAAUAAGAAAUCUCACUAUAAAGUUUCUAGAUCCAAGUCUAACGACCCUUGUUUGCAAUUGGCCAUAUCAACAAAAUCUAAAUCCGAAUGCGUUUUAUGCACAAAAUGUCAUUCAGUUCAACGAACAAAGAGCUGGAAUGAAACUGAACCAAUAAAUGAUGUGAGUUUUGAAAACGUUAUCAAUUAUUACAAGGUAUUCAAAACUAGCGACAAAUACGUAUGCGCAAAGUUUACUAGCGAUCAAUUUAUUAAGAAAUUGGAUGAGAAAUUACGUGAAGAAACUGAUAGAUUGUCAGAGUUUACUCAAAGUAUAUCUAUAACAUCAAAUUUAAAUGAAGACGAAAUCGAGCAUCAAUUAAAAGUUAAAACUGAAGAGUUAGAAAGACUCACUGAAGAGGAUGCUUAUAUAUCUUUAGACAAAAAUGUAUUACGUUUGGGAAGUGCUGAAUUUGGAUCUUUUGAUGGUCCUCCAACUCGUAUUUAUCGGUUUCCAAGUACUGGGAUUGGCUUAGAUAGAAGUGAAGGAAGUGUAUUCACCAUGACAAUAUCUGGACAACAAUCAGCUGCUUCCUUAUUGGCUAAGCAUUGGGGUCCCCAACGUGAAGUAAAAGUUCGUAGGGAUCCAAACAAGAGUUUAGGAAUCAGUAUUGUUGGAGGAAAGGUUGAUUUUUUCAACAGCACUAAUACAAAUAAUAGCGCAGCUAUAUCAGGUAUAUUCGUAAAACAUGUACUUCCUCAAAGCCCUGCUGGUCAAGAUGGUCAAUUAAAAACCGGUGAUAGAAUAUUAGAAGUUAAUGGGAUUGAUGUUCGACACGCUAAUCAUGAACAAGCUGUUGCAGUAAUUCGUUCAGCUGAUAACCCAGUCAUUUUCCUUGUACAAUCGCUUGUAUGUUGGUCCGAAGAUCAAUAUGAACAGUCAAAGUCAUCGGCUGUUAUUGAAGAUUCGUUUAAAGUCUCACAAGAGCCCAUGAAACCUGGCAAUAGUGUAAAACAUAGGAUUUCAACAUGGCAACAGAAAAGUGAAGACAAUGCUAAUGAAGAUAAUAUUCCGAUUCGUAAGAAUUCGUUAGCUUUAAUCAAAGCUAUGAGUUCAUUUGACCGUAAAAAAUCUAUCAAAUCUAAUAAAAGUGAAGAUGAUAGUGAAGACGACGGUGAUAAUAGGGAUAACGAAGGACGAAUUAGAAUUCAUUCAGGACAAGAAAUAAUGCGGUCUAGUGCUGGUAAUGUUAAAAGAUCAAAAGUAGAAAUUGAUGCUGAUCCAGAACCGGAGGAUGAAUAUGGUUAUACUCCAAAUAAAGCGAAGAAAAAGUAUGGAAAUCUUUGCGAUGGCAGAGACGGUGGUUCGAUCAGCGAAGUGUUGGUAGUAAUGUUGGAGAGAUCUCCUGGUUCCGGUCUAGGUCUUAGUUUGUCCGGUCAUAAAGACCGAACAAAAAUGGCGGUCAUGGUUUGCGGAUUGAAUCCCAACGGUCCGGCCGCAAAGUCCGGAUGUUUACGGGUCGGCGACGAAAUUUUAGAGGUUAAUGGAGUAGUUUUACACGGAAGAUGUCACCUAAACGCCUCAGCCAUAAUCAAAGGUAUACCGGGACCAAUAUACAAAAUAAUUGUGCUAAGGAAACCUACGGCCCUGGACGAAUUAGCGGUGCGACCGAUCACUCAGUUUCCUAUAACACUAGAUGACGAGACACCAGAGGAGAAGUAUGCCAACUACAAAGGCCUACGGAUCGUUACUAUGAAGAAGCCCUGUAUCAGUUUUACAUACGAAGGCCAAAUCACAAAUUCACCCACACAACAGAGUCCUCAUGGUCUGGGCAUAAUGAUUUUAGAGGGGAAACACGCGGAACUCGGGACGGGUAUAUUCAUAUCCGAUAUACAAGAAGGAAGCCCAGCUGAACAGGCUGGUUUGACGGUAGGCGAUCUGAUUUUGGCUGUGAAUAAAGACACACUUCUGGGGAGUACGUACGACGCAGCGUCAUCAUUGCUGAAGAAGACUGAGGGUGUCGUAACGCUAGUGGUAUGUAACCCACGUAAAGACGAGGGCGUGACGGCUGCGGACCAGAAGACCGCCGAUAAACCUAAACAACCGGAAAAACCGAAAUCUCAAUCACCCGUUUGUUUGGACCACUCAGUCGAACCGCCACCAGAUCCUGCGACCGCCCCAAUAAAACCAGGUUUUGAAUCGACGAUCGAAAUCAACAAGGACAAAGUCGGCUUGGGUCUCAGCAUAGUAGGCGGAUCUGAUACAUUACUGGACGUGGUCAUCAUUCACGAGGUAUAUCCAGACGGAGCCGCAGCUAAAGACGGCAGACUCAGGCCCGGGGAUCAGUUGGUGGAGGUGAACGGGGAAGACUUUAGGAGCAUAACGCAUAUCAAAGCGUUGGGUGUAUUACGGCAAACGCCGGCAAAGGUGACCAUGGUCGUGCUGAGAGACGAGUCGUGCGUUCCAGACGAAAAUGGUCGUGUUUCCGCUGACACGACGAAUAUCACGGACGCGUUCGAUGUGGAAUUGACAAAAAAGCCCAGCAAAGGUCUAGGACUGAGCAUAGUGGGCCGGAAAUCCGGUUCGGGAAUAUUUAUAUCGGACAUUGUGGUCGGUGGUGCGGCCGGCGUUGACGGCCGUCUGAUGAAAGGCGAUCAGAUCUUGGCGGUCAACGGCCAAGACUUGCGGAACGCAUCUCAAGAAGAAGCCGCUGCCGUGCUGAAGACGGCGUCGGGCCGAGUCACUUUGAAAAUGGGUCGUCUCAAAGCUCGCUCGUCCACGUCUAGUUCGGACAACGACUCGGCGGCGUCAAUGGCAGAAACGCGCACCGUGACGAUGGUUCGUAGGAUGGACGGGUUCGGGUUCAGCAUCGUCGGCGGUCACGACCAUCUGCCGAUUUACGUCAAGACGGUGUUCCCUGACAGCGCGGCCGACUCGAGCGGGCUGUGCCGCGGCGACAGGAUUUUGGCUGUCGGUGGCGUGCCGGUGGACGGCAUGGAACACGAUCAGGUGGUCGCUUUGCUCAACGAAGCGGUCGCGUCCGUCACGCUCACCCUACAGUCGUAGCCUUCCGUGGAGGAUAGGACGUUUUGAGUACCUCACCUACCUUAGUAUUAUAAGUUAUAACUAAUAAAUUGUAAGCGACACCACCGCACUGUUUGUAUACGCGGGGAGAUCCAUUUAGCGUUGGACACUUUUCAUUAUUUCAGGUAACACUAACAUUUACAAAAUUAUAAUUUAUUAAUCGUUACAAAACAACAUUUCUGGAAAAAUUAUGAUUUUACUCUUGAAUAUCAACAUACAUUUUAAAUUUCAUAUUUCGAAACAGAAUAUUAUUUGGAGUAUUUCGAUUUAUAAGAAUAGAGUUUUGGACAAUUCAUUUAUAAGUAGGUAUUAUAAGUACUUAAACUUUAAAGUAUGGAUGAGCAGAGUAGUGGACUAACAUUUUGCCGACUACCAGGAGUAGGUACCAACUUACUCUGCUCAAAUAAACUUGAAAUACUUACCUCAUAAUCUUCAUGUUUAAAAUUCCAUUUUUAUAAUAGGUAUAUAUUGAAAAUAAUAUUUUCAAAAGCAUUAAUAGUUUUAGAAAUAAUGAGUGUCUUACGUUAAACGGAUCACAUGGUAUAAUAUAUAAUAGGUAGAUACAUAUUGUACUCACGUCAUUGUACCGCUCUACCUAUCUACACCCUCUCACAAUCCCUCAACAACGAUAAAAAUAUAAAAUGCAAUGCGUGUAUACCCACGGAUUUUAAACGAAGGUAGUAAAUAAUAAUAAUAACAUCACAGUAUUAAAGUUUGGUGCAAGAGAUAAUUAAAUGAUAUUAAUAUAUUAUUAUUAUAAUAAUCCGGGUUUCGGAUUCGAUCUAUAUAUUAUAUUCGAACACGUACCCUGACUUUUGACAUUUUUCUCGGGACGAGAUCGCCAAAAUGGACUGUCAAAAGACAAAUAUAGUAUGACAACUGCUACAGACACAUGUGCAUAUCGUAUAUCCUAUAAUGAUAUUAUGAGUUAUGUUCACACUGCAUAAUAAGCUAAGUCCAAAAAAUGGCUGGUCGGUCGUUUAAAUCUCGAAACAGAUUUUUCGGACAAUUCAGGCUGGUCGGCGUAUAAUCCGGAUUGAACUGUGUACUGUAUUUAUUUCAAUCCGGAUCAGCAGGCUGGUAUAGUGGUAUGAUUCGCACUAGACAUUUGAACACCGUUACCAGCAGUUAAGGCUUUCUGCAUUGCUUUAAUGAUGCUGGGGAUGAAUGGGGGGGGGGGGGGGGGGCACUGAGCUGCAUCGUGUUUCGACCUGCGCGUUUCUUCCUGUCACGUUCUGUAAAUAUAGAUAUACACAAGUACACAACCAUAAUCCCAUGUAUUUUAUUAUGUAAACGUAGCAGUGAACACGGAGUUCACCGAAAUAUUUUCAAUAUAUUAUUAUAAUUUAUUGGGUAGAUACCUGCCUGGAAAACGACCCCACGCUCGUGACAGGUUUAUUUUGAUUUUUUGUAAUUUACAUUUACCCCUAUUAUACAUGUACAUACGUCGCAUAUCCUUACUUAUAUGUGUAACAGAAAGAACUGAUACAUUUAAACUAGGUAGUUACCCAACUUGCCGUGUAAAAAAAUGAUUAUCGAAAGACAAACAUUUUGAUAUAAAGUUAGUGUUAAUGACAUUAAUUGUCAGUUGUUUCUGUUACACUCGCGUACAUCCACAAACGUCAAAUAAAUUAAGUUGAUAAAGAAAAACAACGGAAAAGUAGUUUUCCUUCUAGGAAUUUUGAAAAUAUGUGGUAACUUUAUGGUUUUUUCGAACCUCUUAAGGGGACUUUACAGUGACAUUUGUUGUAUCUGUCUUACAAGUGCGUAACAUAUCAACUUUUACGCUCAGCAGAACACAUUUAUCUCCAUUAUAUUAAAAAUUAGAGUGAAUUGAGCUCUUAUAAAAUGUAAAGAUAAGACUAUUACCUAUACAAUGAUUUAAGCUUUUUAUUGUAUUUUAAUUUCAAAGCAAGUUCUGUGUAUUUUAAAAUUGUAAACUGUUUGUACAUCUUAAAAUACUCAUAACUCGCUUUAAAAUUAAAAUAUAAUAAAAAAGCCUAUGUCAUUAUCUAGAUUAUAACCUUACCUUUAAAUUUUAUAAGAGGUCAAUUCACUCUUAUUUUUAAACUAACGGAGAUAAACAUGUUCUUCUGAGCGUAAAAUUUGCUAUGUUACGCACUUAUAAGACGGAUACAACAAAUGUCACUGUAACGUCCUUUUAACGAACGCGAAAUAUUCCCGAUGCUCUCGUCGAUGAUUUUAAAUUUUAAUAUACAUAACUAUUAUUAUUAUAUGAAAACUUCUGUUUUUUUUUCGUAGGCGUUUUUAAAUGUAUUGUGCCUAUACCUACCUAUUACAUACGUAUCGUAUUCUUUUUGUUCUUGUCAUAUUGUAUAGCAUCUAAUUCGGCGCACCUAUUAUAAUAUAUAUAUAUAAUAGUGCUCGAAUUAGAUAACAAUUAGAAGGGGGAUGGUGAUGUAUAAAAAAAAAUUUGCAUAUCUAUCUGAAUAUUUAUAUGUCUUAUCGAUUAGGAUAUAAUUAUCAGAAGUACGCAUAAAUAUUUUAUUUAUAUAAUAUUAUAAAUUAUGAGGGACUCCCAUCCACCCUAAACGAGCACUUAUAUAUUAUACAAUUAUUAUAUAGUCAGCUAGAUUUCAUUCGACGGUGUUAAUAGUCAAAUACCUAAAUAAUUUAGUAAUAAUAAUAUAAUAAUCAUAAUAAUAUUAUGUACCUAGUAUAUUGUAUAUGUAGGCUUUACACUUGCACAAUACAAAACAUUACAUUACAUUAUGUCAUUAUUGAACGUGUUGUAAAUUGUUAAAUUUUAUACGAAACUUGUUAUUAACUUCGUUUAGUACAUUAUAUAUAAAACAUUAUUUGUCUUUUGUGAUAAUAGAAUUAAGACUGAACAUAAAUUAAUUAUUUAAAAAUGAUAAAAACAUUUUUACUAAUUUAUUUGGUCUCAACCUAAUUUAGGUGCACCUUCUGACAGGGUCACGCGUUUCUUGCAUAAACUUUGUAGAAUAAUAAUAUUAUAUAAUAUAUAUUAUAUUAUAAAGGCACUUUAAACAUUUUUAUUAAAAUCAACUCAAAAUCUGUGUGCCAAUUAUUAUUAUUAUUAUUAUUAUAUUAUAUUCAAUUUGUUAUGAAAUUAGAUAUAAAACUAACUUUGCAUUCAUUUUGUUGUAGCUAAAUGGCUUGUAUUAAAACUUGUUAUCGUCGUUAUCGAUACAUUUUUUUGGACAUUUUAUCUAAAAAUAUUAGUUUAUUUCAUUAAAUUGUAUAAUGUUGAAUAUCUAACAAAAUUUCUGUCUGAAUAAGUAAAUAAUUAAAAUUUAAGAAUAUUCUAU